AUGGUACUUAAAUUACCACCACUUGAAUUCACAGAAGCACUUACAGAUUCGCCGGAGUUUCGUGAAAAACUACGUCAACAUGAAAAUGAACUGGAGAAUACGUCAACUGCCAUAAAGACAUUAAUAAAAAAAUUAAAUGAAGUUAUGGUUGCUAAUAAAACUUUGUCGAAAGCAUCAAGAAGUGUUGCUGAAACUUUAAAAAGUUUUAAAUUUUUCGUUGUUGGAAGUAAACAAACGGACGAAGAACGAGAUAUCGAAUCAUCACUUGCAUACAUGGGCGAAGUGUUACAUCGUAUUGAAGAAGCAAGAGACGCACUGAGUGCAUCAUCGGAAACAUAUUUAAAAAAAUUAGACGAAUUUCGAAAGACAACAAUUGGAAAAGCAAAAAAUAAGAAGAAAGAAUUCGAUAAAACUACUCAACGUUAUUGUACUUUAAUAGAAAAUAAUAUGAAAAUACCAACAAAACGAGGAGAUCUUUUUCAAGAAGCCGAUGCUAAUCUUUUAGUUCAUACAAAAAAGUUUCGUGAAGAAACACUUGAUUAUGUUUUUUUAUUACAACAAGUUCAAGAAAGAAAAAAAUUUGAUUUUGUUGAAACACUUUUGGCUUUAAUGCUCAAUUUUCUAUCGUUUUAUCAUGCAGGCCAAGAAAUUUAUAAAGAAUUUGAUUAUUUUAUAAAAUUUUUACAUCAUCGUGUUUUGAAAUGUCGAGAAAAUUUUGAUUGUUUUCAACGAGAAGGUGAAGAUUUAAAAUGGAAAAUGUUAAUGAGACCAGAAGAUCAUUUACUUCGAAAUCAAGAAUAUAAUCGCGAAGGUUAUUUAUUUCUUAUUGAAAGAAAUAAAAUUAUUGGUACAACAGCAUUAACAAAAUAUUAUUGUCAAUAUAGAAAAGAUAUUGGUCUAUUGAGAAUGAUUAAUUUUACACAAACGAGUACAAAACAGUUAAGUCCAUAUGAUGUCUUCGUACGUGGUUGCCAGAUUCAUUUAGCCGAUGAAAAGCUUGAUAAACGAUUCAUGUUCGAUAUUCAAGCUAUUGAGAAAGGUGCAUCAUCAGAUAAGCCGCUGGUUUUUACAUUUCAAUCAAUGACUGAUGACGACCUUGAAGGAUGGAUAUCAAUUAUGGGAGGACAAGUCAAUGUCUGUAAACCACAAAUAUCUUCAAAAACUGAAAUGCAAAAUGAAUUGGAUGAAACUGGUAUUGAUUUUAUUAAGAAAUGCAUUCGAACAAUUGAACGUCGAGGUUUACAUGAACAAGGUCUUUAUCGUAUUGUUGGUAUGCAAUCAAAAGUUAAUUCAGUAGUUGCUGCGCAUUUUGAUUCACAUAAAACAAAUGCACAAAAAUUAUCAACACCUGUUGAUGAAGAUAUGGAAUUAAAGACAGUUUGUUCAGCGCUUAAACUUUAUUUAAGAACAUUAAAAGAACCUGUGUUUACAUUUAAAUUGCAUAAUCGAUUUAUUGAAGCAGCGAUGAUUGAUGAUAAAGCAGAUCGUAUUCGAACACUUCAUACUUUAUUAAAAGAAUUGCCUAAACCAAGUCAUGAUCUUUUACAUAUUCUCAUGGCGCAUCUGCAUAAAGUCGCAAAAUUGCAUGAAAAAAACUUGAUGACACCUGUUAAUCUGGGUGUUUGCUUUGGUCCAUCGUUGCUUCGACCAGAAGUUGAAACUGUUUCAUCAAUAUAUGAUAUUAAAUUUCGCAAUGCUAUCGUUGAAUUAAUUAUAAUACAUUAUGAAAAAAUGUUUAAAUCAAAACUUGAUCAAAAAGAUAUCGAUGAAAUGGUUGGAAGUCAUGACAAUGGCGAAAAUUCUGUUGUUAAUUUAAGCAAUUCUCUAUCAUCAUUAGCUUCAAUGGCAAGACGACCAACAACAACAACAGCAGCAACAACGGCGACGACAAGUGAUGCAAUCGAAACAGCAGUCGAUACACGUCGAAAAGGUAUACCGAAUCCAGAUUAUCAUUUAAGUAUUGCCAAUAAAAACAUAUACGCAACAACUCCAGAAGAUACAAGUCGAAAAGAUUCGAGUUCUAGUAGUAGUUUAGAAUCUCUAAGUAAUACGUCAUCAACCGGUGUUCAAUCAUUACAAAGUUCCAAUUUGUUCAGUAGUCAAACACGCUCAACUUCUCUAUCAUCUUAUACAAGGCAGAUAUCCGAUACUCCUACUCGUUUAUCAACCACAAAUAGUCUUUCAUCAUCAAAAUUAGAACCAGUUAAUGGUUCAUCAUCAACAGUACGAUCAAUACGAACACCAAACUUAACAAAUCUUCCUCCUAAACCACAAACACGCGGUGUAACUUUAUAUCAGUGCCGAGCUGAUAAUGAUUCCGAAUUAUCAUUUAAUGCAAAUGAAAUUGUAACGCAAGUCCGACCGUCGAAAGAACCUGGAUGGGUAAUGGGCACAAUUAAUGGUAAAACUGGUCUUAUACCAGAAAAUUAUAUCAAUUUUACUGGUGGUGCAUGA